AUGUCGUCUGCCUUCGUCACCAAGCCGGCUCCCGAUUUCAAGGCCACCACCGUCUUCCCCGGCGGUGAGUUCAGGGACAUCUCCCUCUCCGAGUACCGUGGUCAAUGGGUCGUUCUCCUCUUUUACCCUCUCGACUUCACCUUCGUGUGCCCGACCGAGAUUAUCCAGUAUAACGAAGCCCUGCCUCGCUUCAGGGAGAUCAACACCACUGUCCUCGGUGUCUCGACCGACUCACACUUCUCCCAUCUCGCCUGGACGGAGCGACCCCGCAAGCAAGGCGGUCUUGGCUCCGACCUACAACUGCCCCUCGUCUCUGACAAGUCCCACAAGAUCUCGCGUGCCUACGGCGUUCUCCUCGAGGAGGAAGGCGUUGCUCUACGCGGUCUCUUCAUCAUCGAUCCCAAGGGCGUGCUGCGUCAGAUCACGGUCAACGAUCUUCCAGUCGGCCGUGACGUAACGGAGACCCUGCGCCUUGUCCAGGCUUUCCAGUUCACCGACGAGCACGGCGAGGUCUGCCCCGCUGGCUGGCAAAAUGGCGGCCAGACCAUGAAGGCGGAUCCCAAGGGCAGCCUCGAGUACUUUGCCAACGCGAAUGGCGAGGCUAAUGGCCUGCCCCUCAACGGCAAGCGAGCUCGAGUUGAAUAG